ACCCCCAUAUAUCCACUUCCUUGUUUGAUCACGUGACUCUUAUAUUGACAGAUUCUAUGAUAAUUUUCUUGGAAGCUGGAUGCAACCAAUGUCAGGGAUAAAUGCAACAGAUGUCUGAGGAUUUAGAAAUAUAAGCUUACAUGUUUCAGGUAGAACCAAGCAAUGGAAUUUGGAAUGUUCUGCAAUACUUGUUGUAUGGUAUAGAGGUGUAAGGUGAGAAGUAGACGACAAUGUUUGAGAGUGCUGUGUCAUACGUCCUCAACAGAUUUCUUGGAAAAUACAUCCAGAAUCUUGACUCUUCCAAUCUUAAUGUCAGUAUAUUCAAAGGGGAUGUUGAAUUGACAGACUUACAACUGCGACCAGAGGCUUUGGUUGAGUUGAAACUUCCAAUAGAAGUAAAGGCAGGAUAUGUUGGUUACAUCAAAGUAGAUAUUCCAUGGACCAGUCUGUUCUCCUCAAGUGUUGUAGUACAUGUAGAGGAUGUCUACCUCCUGGCAGGACCGGUCACAGACCGCAUGUACGACCCAGAACGGGAGCGAGCUUUACAGAAUGCAAUCAAGAGAGAAGCUUUGGAGUCGCUUAGUACUUCCACCUUGAAUAAAGUUGCUGCGUCUUCUGAAGAGGAUCCUGGAUUCUUUGAGAAACUUUACACUUAUGUUGUCAACAAUGUACAGGUCUCCAUCGGGCGAGUACACCUUCGCUACGAGGACACGGUUACCAAUCCAGAUCACCCAUUUGCAUGUGGUAUCAUGUUAAAACAUAUCUCCGCAUACACAACUGAUGCGAAAUGGCAGCCAGCUCAGAUGGACAAUGCUGCAACAGUCAUACAUAAGCUGCUAGAAAUGCGGGAGUUGUCAGUAUACUGGAACCCGUACAUUCCGGAACAGCACCUGAUCAGAUCACGUAUAAAUACAGAUGGAUGGAGGAAUCUGUUGAAGCAAUCUAUUCUGAAACACAGCAUUUUUGAGGAAGAUUUUGAUUUUAUUAUAGAACCAGUAUCUGCAGAAACAAGACUGAUCAUCAGUAAAGACAACAACUCUUCAAUGCCUAAAGUGUUUGCUGAUGUCUCAUUGGCUGAAAUAGAUGUGUUGUUGUCAAGGCAACAGUUCCUGAAUAUACUGAAUUUGAAAGAUUCCUUCCAACUGAUGUCUGUGAAUCAGAAGUACAGAAAAUACCAUCCGAAUGUGCCACUGAAGAUCAGCCCUAGAUCAUGGUGGAUGUAUGCUUACACUGCAGUAGUUGAGGAAAGAAUUAGACCCUAUUCCUGGGAGAGAAUUAAAGAACACAGAACAAAGUACAGAAAAUAUAAAGAACUUUACAAGAAAAGCCUGGAGUCACCUAAUCAUGAGUCAACCAAAGCAAAACUUUGGGAACUUGAAGAAAGUCUUGAUGUUGGUAACAUUGUGAUGGCCAGGGAACAGGCUAAGGCUGAGUAUGCACCUGAAAAGCUUGUGAAGAAGAAGAAGGAGGAGAAAGGAUGGUGGGCAUCAUGGUUUGGUUCUGAAAGUGAGGAUGAAGAAGUGGAUAUUGACUUUGGGGAAGAAUCUACAGACUGGCUUUCAAAGUUGACACCAGAAGAGAAGGAAAAGUUAUACCAGGGUAUUGGAUAUGAUGAAAAUGCAAAUAUUGCCAUGCUUCCAAGGGAGUAUGUUGAGUAUAAGGUUCAGGUAAACUUGAAGAGUUGUUGCUUGUCACUUGUCAACUACAGCAAGAAAAUUCUCCAGGUCUCUGUCACUCAGAUGCUUGGAUCCUGGGAAACAAGACCUGCUGGAGACGCUUACAGGAUAUCCUGUCAUACUGAGAGUUUUACUGUAGAGGGAGCUUCAAUAGAACAUGAGUUGGUUCCCAUAGUAACAUCAGAUGUUAAUGUCUAUGCACCAUCAGUAAACCAAGUGUUCACCUUAGAUUUUGAAUCUAACCCACUGUAUGUAGAUGCUGAUUUCUCCCUGAAGACCAAUAUACAACCUGUAGAGGUUGUUUAUGAUGAGCAUUCAGUAUGUGAAGUGAGGGCAUUUUUUCAGUUGCCCACUGGAACUAUUGAUGUUAGAACUGCUGCCAUGGAAACAAUGCAAGAAGUAGUGAGAAUCAGUCAGGCAGGACUUAUAUAUGCUAUAGAGAAACACAAGACAGUACAUCUUGCUGUGAACAUGAAAUCUCCUUAUGUUGUGAUUCCGGAAUUUGGUACUCUACACAGGGGAGGGAAUGUGUUGAUAGCAGAUCUGGGAAUGUUACAGAUCAAAAGUGAACUUCAGCCAAAGGAUUCAUCCCUUGAGCAUGGAAACUUGUCAGACUCAGAGAUUGCAUCUAGACUGUAUGAUCAGUUUAACAUUACCAUCACAGAUGUGAAGAUGCUGUUGGCAGAUUCUGGUGAUGAUUGGCAUACGGCCCAGGUACAGCCUACGUCUGAGUAUCAUAUUCUUCCCAGUAUGAAACUUAUGUUUGAUUUCUACAAUACAGUGAAACCAGAAUACAAACAAUUACCACAACAAAAAGUAAUCACCACCCUGCCAUCCUUUGAAAUCAAUAUUUCUGACAAAAAACUUUUGCUGUUAUGGAAAUUUUUCCGGAAUUUUCCAUUGCCAUCAAGUACAAGUAUAAGCAUGCUGGGAGAGGACAUGGUUGAUGCUGGAAUGAGUGCUUCAUACACCACUGAAGAGAGAUUAAAGCACCAUAUUGCACUAGACCCUAAUGAAAUCCAAGUUGAGCCAGAUAUCAGGGAACUGAGGGAGAUGAAACAGAGAGUGCUGGGUCGUAAAGUCAUUAUUAAAUCCAAGAAACACCCCAAGUCACCACGUCCAUCCUUAUCUGAUGAAGCAGACAACCCGUAUGUUGAUGAAGGUGACAUGGAGGAUUGGGUGAAGUAUGAGGACAUCAAAGCUGUGGAUGAUAUUUCUUCCAGCCAUAACACCACAAACAUUGUAUUGCGAGUUGUUAUACGUGAGGUUGUCAUCCAGCUCUCCAAGUCAAUGGACCGUGUAGAAAACCCUUACCUUAUGUUCCGUGCAGAGAGGUUACGCUUGGAUGCAGCCAUCACUGAGCAUGGUGUGGCUGCCCAUGCCAGUCUUGGUGCAAUACAGUUGGUAGACAAAAUACAUGUUGGCACCUCAGGGGAAUACCUCGAACUGCUCAGUACAAAGCCGGGAACCGAUCUUGUUUCUGUACUGUAUCGCAAGGUGGAGAAGGAGUGUUUAGAUUUUGAAAAGAUUUAUCACAGUGUGGAACAAGGGCUGAAGUGUCAGUUUGAAACCCUAAACAUUCUGGCUGACCAAGGUGCUAUCAUGUAUCUCAAGGCCUACAUUGAAGGCAUUCAAACAAGUAUUCACAGUACAGAGAUGGUCACCAGUGUGAGCACAGUGUUGUCGUCAUUGGUUACUGACCCUUCAAAGACCACUACGAGACAGAAAAGUCAACCAGAGGAUGAUACAGGAACUAAGCCAGAAACAAAUAGUUCAAUAGUGCAGUGGAAUAUAAUUUUUGAUCUGCAUGAUCUGUCUCUCGUGAUGGCAGACAACAAUAGUAAAAUAGCUGAGAUACAUAUCAGAGAUUUGAAGGGUCACAUGCUGCAGAGGCCAGACAAGCUGACAUUGAUAGGGAGUUUGAGAGACAUUGAUGUGAAAGAUUGUACUCAUGGGGCAUUGUAUCCAAAUAUUUUGAUGUUAGAAGACAAAGAAGACAGUCUGUUCAGAUUUUCUUUCACAAAAUACAGUCGGAGACAAAGUCCGGUGUUAGAUAACCGACAGAUAGUUCCACCAUUUGAUUACACCAUCAAUAUUAGAGUUGGUCAUCUACAGUUUGUAGCACUGGGAAAAUUCUACUGGGAAAUCAUGAAAUUUGCAGAGCCUCUGUUGAGUGCAGAGGUGUUAGAUACUGCUAGUGUUUCAAUGAAAGCUGUCACAAAACAGAUGGACAAUUUUAAACAAGAUAAUCAUAGAUUUGGGAUCACUGUUGAUAUGCUGACCCCUACAAUCCUUAUACCGGUCAAGUCCGACUCUGCUGACCUACUCUUGCUCAAGUCAGGUGAUUUGCACGUGAAUAAUGUGUUUGACUUCACAGAUAUAGGACAUGGAAUGAAGCAGGAAUGGAAUCAUAUAUAUGUCUCACUUACAUGUGUUCAACUUAGCAGAGCGAAACUCUCACAAGAAGAAGAUGCUUUCCUGGUGACUAGUUCCCUGCUUGAACCAAUGACCUUCCAGACAGAUAUCCGGCUAGCACUGGAACCAGAGAUGUCUGAUGUACAGACAGAUAUAGCAUGUAAACUGGAGAAGGUGAACAGCUUCAUGUCACAGAAAGACUGUCAGGUGUUAUUUGGGGUGCUACGUGCAAACUGGACAGAGGGUGCUCCAUUGUCAGAACCAGAACCGGUCAGAAGAACCCCAGUCACAACACAAACCAGUGAGGAAUCUGGAACUGUUGUCAUGGAUACAGAUAUGACAUCAUCAAUGGCAGCAAAGAAAACAUCAACUGUAGUACUCUUCACCUUGGAGGGGAUGGAACUUGUCCUUUCUCAGGAUACAAAGGAAGAAGGUACUGUAGAUUUUGCCAAACUGGUGAUGGGAAAGAUCAGUGGGACAGUGAACUCACGAGGAGACGGGGAAACCAAGGUUACUGUUGCCUUGGAAACACUAUAUGUGCUCAAUAUUAAACCAGAUAGUAGACAUGUUGUUAAAAAGAUUUUGUAUCAUGACAAGGAGAGCGUAGAGAAGGAGACUGACUCCCGGCGACCUCUUGUAUCUGUUAUAUACAAGAUCAGUGGUGACGGGAACCAAAAAGCUGACAUCAUGAUGGAGAAAGUUACCAUCAAUCUCCAGAUACCAUACAUAUUGGAGCUGUCCAGUUUCCUCACAGAGGCACUGACUUCUCCUGUUACCAUAGAGACACCAGCAGGCGGAGGUCAUACCCCAGUACCAGCACCACCGUACAGUGGCAGUGAGGAAGGGCCAGUGAUGACAGUGUAUUUCUCCAUGUCACAGCCAGAAAUUGUCCUAUUAGCUGAUCCAGAAUCACACAACAGCAGGAUUAUUGUGGUCAAUGCAGAUAUAGCAUUUGAAUAUGUAGCUAAUCCCACCCAGCAGAGGAUGUGGUCUAAGAUUGCCGGACUGAAAAUGUUCUCCAGUAUAUAUGGUGCUCCAGCAGACUAUCAAUCUAAGAUGAUAACGCCAUGUGACCUUGAGUUCAGCCGAUGUUAUGAUAUAGUGAAGAAUGAAUUACAGAUGUCGGUUAAGCUGGCAAAGUUGUUUAUACAUCUGACCCCACCCAACAUGAGACUACUAAUGGAUGUUAUCAGCAUACUCAAACAAUCUUCUGAUCAGGGUACAGAUGUGAAAGUAGAUGAUACAGAGGCUAGUGUAUUAGACGAUAUGUGGAAAAUAAAAACUGUGUCACCUGGGAGAUGGAUAGAUAAAUGGAAUGAGGAGCCAGCCACUGGUCCUGUGUUUGGCCCACUGGACCCUCCAAUUGAGAUGUUGACAUUAGACAUACAGGAAGUGUGUGCAUUCUUCGAGGUUGAGAAUCUAGAUCAGACAGUACCGUUACUGUGUGUCCGUACAUCUGUGGAUGGAAAAUUUUCCAACUGGACAAAACAGAUGAGGUUGACAGCAGAUCUGGAGCUAGAUGUUUGUUACUAUAAUGAGAAAUUGAGUGUCUGGGAACCUCUAGUGGAGCCAAAUCUAGUACAAGAGGGACUGUAUGAACCCUGGGCUCUCAAAAUACAGAUAUUUCAAGCCCAGAGUUUUCCAAUUGUGUGUAGCUAUGACGACAAUGGUCUAGAUGUACCGGAUGGUCUUCAGUCUGACGUUGAGCAGAUGAUCAACCGGAACCAUUUCCGGUCAAGUAGUAGUGAGAAUGAAGCUGAUGAGGAACUCGACUCACCAAGUGAAAUGACAAUCCUUAGGCCUAAAAAUACUCGCCGGAAAAUCCGUAUUGCCAGUGAUAAAAGUUAUGAAUCAUUAAGUCGGCACAGUAGCGUGCAAGGAGAGUCGGACUCAGAGAGUGAGAGUCUUAUACAUACAAUAACGAACAAACUUGGCAGUAUCUUCACAACAGAUAGUAGUGAAGAUGCCGAUGUCAGCGAAACUGAUGAUAAUGACGAGGGACUCGACUGGACCCUCGAUAAACCUAUAUUUUUAACCCCACAGGGACCUGUGAAGUUCAGAACUGGUCCCGAGAGGUAUGAUGAGAUAGAUGGUCUUCCAUCAGCAGAGAUUGGGGAACCAGAGAUCAGUUCAGAAGAUGAAGGUCAAUGUAUGUACAUGAUUUUCUCAUCACCAGAUAAACUGAUGGUGAACGUUACCCUGCCUGCCAUUAACAUCAUCCGAGAUGUUCUACAGUCAUUAGACACAGCAAACCCAGAUGAUCUCAUGGAUACAAGAAAAAUUCCUGCACUUGCUGUAUAUAACAAGCUUGGUGUAGAAACAGAUGUGAUUCUUCAUAAAAGUGUCAAAAUCCACAAAGAUUAUGUACAUGGCUGUCGUAUAUGUAACCCUGGGGAUAUGAGACAUAUGGCCACACCCAAUCAUGAUGACAUCAAUGUGAUCACAGAGGAAGAGGAGGAGGAAGAUUCAGCAUCACUAAGUAGCCAAAGAAGACCUUUGACCUUUGUGAACCAGACUCUGGCAGAUGCGGGGCACACACUCAUCAGUGCAGGGGCCUUUGUAUUUGAUGAUGAUGUCAUGGUGCUGGAGCUCAGCUUGAUAGAGUACGGGGUCCAAAUUCAGGUGGCUGGCUUUGAUACAUCUUCAGUGCAGAUGAUGAACAGGGCAUGUCGUAAAUUGAUUCAUCUUACACCCAAACAGUCAGAUGAGCUAGAAAAUGAACAUGGUACAAAAUACUACAUGGUAUAUGAUGUUGAUAUGAAUCAUAGUCACAAGACUGUUACCCUCCAGUCACCUUUACAGUUGAAGAACAACUUGACAAUGUCGGUGGAUGUGUUUGUUUUGAAAGAUGAAGUACAGACAUAUAAACGUAAUACCAAACUGGUGCCAGUGAAGGAAGACUUUAUGAAGCUGACAACUCUCUCACCGCAGGAGCUGUUUGCCAUUCCUCUGUUUGCAGCAUAUCAUUGUGCUCUGUAUAUAUGCCCAACAGACCUUCCGUAUGAGAAAACAAGUACUGCCAUCUGGUGGCCAGACCUGGUACAAACAAAGGACAGACAAAAAUAUUUCUCUUGUAAAUCUCAAAGUGAUGAAAAACUCUUCAACAUAAAAGUUGUUUGUCAGGAAGGUGAGGCACUGAGGCCACCCCAGAUGUUAACCAGGACAAUACCAUACUUUACAAUAACCUUACAUCCCCCAGUAGUUCUACAUAAUUACCUCCCCUAUGAUCUACAGUUUUCACUGCAGGGUAGUGAGUCAACAAGCAGUCUAACACAUGGUGACAGUACACCAUUAUACACAGUGAAUAUGUCGCAGGCAUAUAAACUCAACUUGUUUGUAGCUGAUUAUCUCACAUGUGAUUGGAGAGGUACAUUAGAUAUCACACAGGAAAUGGAAGAGUUCAAAGCCAUCUCCAUGGAUACUGACCUUGACCCUGACAACAACAACAAGCACUUGAGUUUGAGUGUUCACUGUAACCAUGACAAAACUUGGAAUUUCUACAUCUAUUCUCCUUACUGGAUUGUAAAUAAAACAGACCUGACUUUCCAAAUAAGGGGAUCAAUGUCAGACGUGGCCUUAGAAUGUCUACCUUCCAGUUACCCUCAACUGUUUAGAUAUAAGAAAAAUAAACGUAAAAAGGCAAAGUUAAAAGUAUAUGAAUCACACUGGUCACAUGCAUUCUCCAUGGAUACGGUUGGGAAUUGUGGGGUGGUGGAAUGUCAUGACAACCAGAGGAGACGUAAAUAUAUAUUUAUGGUGCAAUGUCAGCUGUCCAAGCUAAAGUUAACAAAGAUCAUUACAGUUCUUCCAUUCUUCCUGGUUGUUAACAGCUCAGGCAAGCCUCUCCGAUACAUGGAGGAGAACAAGGCAACAGAUCUCUGGUUUGAUCUGGCUGUUGGACAGUGUUCUCCAUUUUGGCCAGUGACAGAGAGUUACAGUAUGUUUGUAAAAUAUGAGAGAAGCAACGUAGUAUCACAGCAUUUUCCUUUUAAAACUUUCAACAACACAUUGCUACGUAUGGAAAAUGGAACAGCAUUAUGUGUGAGUGUCUCUGGAGGAACCCAGAACCCUAUUACCAUACAGUUCACAGACUAUGAUGUUGGGGAUGCUCCUGUAAGGGUAGAUAACUUCUGUGAUGAUGUCUUCAUCAAAAUUCAUCAGAAAAAUCAGAGUCAGACAACCAUUCUAUCAUCUAACCAGUCUGUAUUAUAUACCUGGGAUGAUCCGACUGCAGAACGUACUCUCAUGUGGAAUAUCUACGGCAGAAAUAAACCCAACUUUCCUGCUGCUUUAUUAAAGGAUGGCUAUGAUCAAGUGAAUCUCAAGUUGAAAUCUUUGAAGUCGUCGGGAACUUUAGAUUAUGUAGAUGCCCCAGAUCAGUCAGAUAGCAGUCCUGAAGAUGACACGGAUGAAACUGAUGGACUGAUGGGAAAAAUUGAUGAAUCUCUAAUUGGUAAAACUCGUAGUGACAAACUUGUGAUAUUUUGGGUCUCGUAUUUGGACCAUCAACAAAGAGUUUUACUAUUCACUCAAGAUGAAAGGGUCGCUAAAGGAGCUAGAAAGGCACAUGUACAGGGGAUAGAUAUACCGCAUGAGCGAGGGGUUAUCAAGAUGAAUGAAGCUGAGCAGGCAAGUUCUGUACUGUUUGUCUCCCUUGAUGGUAUCUGUGUAUCCAUGAUUAACAAAGCUUACGAGGAGGUGGCUCUUUUGACGUUGUCAAGUAUCCCGGCAACCUGGGAGGUUGAGGUGAACAACCGCUGGAAAAUGCUUAAUGUGGAACUACAGACAUGGCUAGAGGAUCAGUGGAAAAAUAAACAGGCUCAUGCCAGCUUACAGGAACAGUUUGAGGCUGACCUCAGUAAGAUGCAGAUGCUUAAACCAUACAUGGGUGCUUUACGCAGAAGCUACAGUCCCGGGCUCUGGUUUAACUAUAGAGCUUCACAACAUCAUAUGUCAUUACAUGCCAAAAUUCAGAAAGUUCAGUUGGACAACCAGUUACCAGAUGCGUAUUUUCCUACUGUAUUACACCCGUGUCCCACACCAGUGUAUGUGGUGAGGAAGAAAGGACAGAAACCAUUUAUAGAGCUAGGUAUGAUGAGAAGAACUGUACCAGAAAACAAUGUGGACACUUUCAGAUAUUUGAAGUUACUGGUACAAGAAUUUAACAUCAAGAUAGAUAAAGGUUUUAUGAUGUCACUGUAUGACGUGUUCGCUAAUCUCCUUGCAGACGAGGAAUCAGAGAGCUCUAAAGUGCAAUCCGAUUUGAUAUUUACCCAGAGAUCACUUGUGGAUGUUGCCUCGGUGAUGAUUCAGAAUAGACCUAACAGGAUCUUCUUUGAAUAUCUAAGACUAUCUCCACUUAAGAUGCAUAUCAGUUUCUCCCUGAAUGGAACAUCUCACCUGUCACAGGAAAACAAACCAUCACUUGUGUCAGAUAUUGUUGAUUUCUUCCUUAGUUCUGUUGGUGCUACCUUCACUGAGAUGAAAGAUGUAGAAUUGAGGAUGGCCUAUUAUGAGGUGAAGGGGAUGUCGUUGUCAUGGAAACAGUUGAGUGAGCAGAUCCAGUCACAUUACACACACCAGGCCAUACAGCAAGCCUAUGUCCUUAUACUUGGCCUUGAUGUCCUAGGUAACCCGUAUGGACUUGUCAAAGACUUCACUCAAGGUUUUGGUGACCUCUUUUAUGAACCAUUUUUGGAUACUGUUCAAGGUUCGGAUGAGUUUGCUGACAGUUUGGUACGGGGUGUGCACAGCAUGCUGGGUAAUACUGUAGGUGGAGCAGCAGGGUCCGUUGCACGUAUAACAGGGUCACUGGGGAGUGCUCUGGCAGCCAUGUCUCUCGACAAGAAUUACAAAAUGAAGAGAAGAGCUACCAUGCAGCAGAGACCGGCCAACCUGCCACUGAGUCUGGCCCUGGCAGGACGAGGGUUCGUUAUGGGAGUGUGUUUAGGUCUGUCUGGUGUGGUGCUUGAUCCUAUAAGAGGUGCUCAAGAAGAGGGAGUAGAAGGGUUUUUCAAGGGCGUAGGGAAAGGCAUUAUGGGAUUGCUGACCAAACCAACAGGAGGGGUGUUUGAUAUGGUCAGCAUGGCUUUUGAUGGUCUACAGAGGGCGUCGGAGUUGGAGAGUGGUGUUGUACACAGAAUGAGGAAACCAAGAUUCAUCAAUCCUUACCUGGGCCUGAGGCCAUAUUCUGUACUACAAGCUGUAGGGGCCAACCUCUUGUUGAAUGUUAACAAAGGCCAGUAUGCAAAGAGUGACAUGUAUUGGGCUCAUGCCCCACUGAGUCCUGCAGACAGGGCUGAUGUGCUACUCAUAACUACCAGGAAUAUAUUGUUGCUACAGAAACACCGUUGUUGGGGAGGCUGGGAUAUAGAGUGGGAGGUUAAAGUUGAAAACAUCCUUGGCUUUCCUGCAAUAGUUAACAAUAAGCUGGUAUUCAAGGUCAAACCUGACGAGACAAGUGUGAACAUAUUUACUGGAGGAGAGCAGGAGAUUUGUUGUGAUGAUAAAGAAAUGUUGAGAUGGAUACAACAGAGGAUUGAAAACCUGAUGAAAUACAAACAGAGAUGAGAUGUGUUCAAUUACUUACUAAUUAUCUAGACACCUUGCACACUGGAAAUCUAAUUUCUGUCGUCUAGCUGGGACUUGUAAAAUAAAACAUUCCAUUUACUGGUGUAUACACAAGGAGACGGGGGAACAAAAUAUGCUUAAAGCAUUCAAUGUAUUUAAUGAUAUCUUUAUGUUUUAUGUAAAUUAAAAUCCUGUACUUAUAAUUUCAGCAGGAAGAGGUUAAAAAUUAGUUGUUUUGUAUAAAUUCAUUUAUUUUCAAUCAUUUGUAAGUAUAAUUGUACUUUAUAGACAAAGUAAAGUUUAUAUAUAAUGUCUUUGUAACUUUGUUGCUUGUAGAAUUUUCAGUAUUUAUAUAAAUUGUUAAAGUUUUAUUUACAUUAAGCUCAUACAAUAUCUGUAUCAUCAUUUUAGUGUUUUGGUGAUAAAUUCCAUCAGCUGUUUCAUUUAAAGGGUAUAGUUUCAAAUGUUCACUAAUGUAAUAAUCUAUGUUUAUUGAGUAAUAAUAAGAGUAAAAGAUUCCAGUAUGUAUAUGUGGUAUAUUCCUUAACAUAAUAAAAUACACUGCUGAAAAAAAAUCUACAAUAAAUUAAUGAAGAGGCUCACUACACAAAAUAAUGUAGUUUUUAAUGGAAAAUUGAAGUCAAAAUUCUGAAAAUAUUGCUUAUACAGUCACUCUUGUAUCAACAUUUUAAUUUACAUAUACAGGUACAUAACUAGUCACAAAUUUUAAAUGCUCUUAGUCUACAAGUUGAAACACAAUUAUUUCUCCCACACCACUGUGUGAUGGGAGACAUAUUGAUUUACUCCUGUCUGUGUGUGUGUGUGUGUGUGUGUGUGUGUGUGUGUGUGUGUGUGUGUGUGUGUCACAAAUCUUGUGUGAUGGGAGACAUAUUGAUUUACUCCUGUCUGUGUGUGUGUGUGUGUGUGUGUGUGUGUGUGUGUCACAAAUCUUGUCCACACUCUAAGUCAAACAUUUCUCAUCUGAUCUUCACCAAACUUGAACAAAAUGUGUUUGCCAACAAGUCCUUGGCCAAGUUCGAUAACUAGCCAAAUCCACCCAGGCACUUCGGAAUUAUGGCCCUUGAAUUACCGAUAGGCUGCUUACUCCAAAACUUACCAAUAGAUAGGCCGCUCACUCCAAAACUAUCAAAGGUAUAUUUUCUGUGAGUAAACAGUAUAUAAAGACGGACUUAAUAUUCAAAUGAUUAGGCAGUUAUGGGAGACAUGCGCUUUUCUCAAAAGCAGCUCUAGUUUUCCACUGUCAAUAAAUUCAAACAUUAGAAAGGUCAGGUAAAAAGUGAGGAUUUGUGAAAAGUUUGCUAAUUAAUAUAAUAUCAGGGUAGUUUGUUUGUGUUCAUAAUGUUUCUCUAGCUCAAUUACUAAUGGGGUAUAAAAGGUUUUUCUAUUUUGUUUUAUGCCUUAAUUAAUCCAUGUAGAAAGAUGACUAUUAUAUAAUGUAUUAGGACAGUCAAGGAAUGUAUUGGGCCAGUCAAGUAUUGUUUUGGAUCUGUCAAGUAAUGUAUUUGGUCUGUCAAGUAAUGUAUUGGGUCUAUCAAGUAAUAUUUUGGGCCAGUCAAGUAAUGUAUUUGGUAUUAGUCUGUCAGGUACUGUAUUGGGCCAGUGCAAUGGCUGUCAUUACUUUUAUCAAUGUAUACAAGUGGGGUAAUGGUCUUAACACCAAACAGAUAAUAGUUUUAUCAUGUAUAUUCUCACAUUGCAAAUCAUUUUUAGACAGUUUCAUUUACAAUGGUCACUGAAAUAAUCAGCAUCAUUAAAAUGCAGUUGUUGCAGAAUAUUUCUCACCGAAAUGGAAAUUAAAGUUUAAGUCACAGACUGCUUAUUAAAUGUAUACUGCUGUUGUAGAACAAAAGCAAUCAUAGUGUUUAUAUAUGGGCAGUCUAGUAGGUAAGAAAAAGUUAUAAAGGGGACAUUUAGGAAAUAUUAAUGCAGAUAAUGCUGCUGUUAAUUUGUAGUCAGCUUGGUGGAAAUUGGCUCACAUUUAAAGCUAAACAAGUUUGAGAGAACUCAUUUUGUUAUUAUUUUCAGGGAUAAUACAUUGACUCACGCAAAGCAGUGGUCCACAGUUUAAUGAUGCGGGUUUAUCUGUAAAUCAAUUUACAUUUUGUGUUAUUUUUUCUGUGUGUGUAAUAGUAGAAGUUCUAUAAUAAAUACUUAAUUGAUACACUAGGAAUGUUUUUGUUAUUGUAAACCUGUAAUUAUUUGUUAGUGUUCUGUAAAUAUGACAUUAAGUUAGGUAGUUUGCAUUUUUUUUUUCUGUGCCAAUAUAAUGUGCAAUAUAUAGUUUGUUAGUGGAAUAAUAACUAUUGUAAUAUUUUAUAUCUGCCUCUACUUUAGGUAAAGACAAGGUUAUAUUGUACAUAUUGGUGUUCUUAUUCUCACUUUCUUUACAUCAGUGUUUAUUACAAUGUUUUUCAGUGAAUUAGUGAAGUAUUUGAGUGAAAUAUAUGGGGUUUUUUUUUUCAGUGAAAAGUAUCAAAUAAUUAUUGUAUAAUCACUGUAAAUAAUGUCAGUAACAUGCAUGCUCACAAAAUUGGGGAAGUCUAUAUUUUGAUGUCUUUAAAUGCAGUUUUCUUUGAGCAUUGUAAACUCUGUACCAGUGACUUAAGCAUAGCGAUAUAAAUACUUUGGUAAAUGCCACUGUUUUUCAUGAUUUAUUAAUGAGGAGCAUGUAUUGAUAUUAACUGGAUGAUAAAAGUAUACAGUUAAAUGUGAAAAUUUGCAUUAAGAGUUGAAUUAUGGAAAUGACCAAGACCUUAAGCAUUCAGUCCUUGCCUGUCACUAUCUUUACCUGUAGUUUGGUCUAUUGUACAUUAAUUUUGUACUUUUCAUGUUGUCAAAUAAUCACAUUUCAAAACACAUUAAAAUGCUUAAUCAUAAAACAUUAUGAACAUGAAAAUGAAGUUUUCUUUUAUGCUAUAAUUGUGAUAUUAUCAUGCCGCAAGCAUUUUCUGAUUAAACCAUUAUCGCCCAAAUGGUAUAAAUACAUGUGUAUGACUUGUAUAAUUCUACCUAAAAAGCUUUGCUAGACUUUGUAACUCGCUCGUAUUUAAAGGCCAAAAUAUUAUAAGUAUUGUAACGAACUGUUCUGUAAAUAGCUGAUAUUUUUUCUUGUUUUACCUCCCAUAAGAUUCCUACAUUUUCAUUGGAUAAAAGGUGGUCACGUGGGACCCCCUAUAUUUCUGUGGAGGGUCAGUAGAUUUUCAUGUCACUGUAGGCUAAAAAUAUGUGGUCGAUAAAACAGAUCAAUUACCGGGUUUGUUAGUGACCAGCCACGGAAAAACAAACCCAGUAAUCAAUAAUAUUGCUGUUGUUACUGGUAGCUACAAGUUGUGUGAUGGUAAAGCUCGACAUUCCUACAUGUUCAGUUGUUUAUUUAAUAGAUGUAUUGUAUGAUUGAUGUAUUGUAAACAUAUACAAGUUAGCUUAUUACGUAAAGCAUUUGAAAUCUUUACCAAGAACUAUAACUACAUAACUAGGAAAUGAAAUGUUCAGUGCAUGAUAUUUUGACUGUAUAUAGAAGUACCAUCAUUUUCGAUCAAGUUUUACUAAUUGUUCAGUUUUAUGCAGCUGUGUAUGUGUUUUUGCAUAUAUUUAUGUACUUGUAUGUAUGCUAUUAUAUUUAUGUUCCUUACCAGAUUAUAAUUUAUUCUGUGA